AUAAAUUGUCAACGUCAACUUCACAGCACCAGCAAAAUUUUGCAACAAGAUUUCCGAGAAUUAAAUUUGCAAAAUUUGAAAAAAAAAUGUAUUUUAUUAACAACUAAGUCCACCAAAUAAAUGCGCAUUAUUGUGCAUAACUUUUAUUUAUAUAUUCUCUACACCUUUAAGUACACAAAUUACCAAAAUAUAUUUAAAAUCAACCAAAACAAUGCAAGUAGGAAAACGGACUAAUUCUCGACACGUAUUCGUUGUUCUGACCCUGUGCCUCCUUUGGUACAUAGUUUCAUCGAGUAACAAUGUUAUUGGAAAGAUGGUAUUGAAUGAAUUUCCAUAUCCAGUUAGUGUGACAAUGAUCCAGCUAUGUAGUAUAACACUGUACAGUGGACCAUUCUUCAAUCUCUGGGGAAUACGUAAAUAUUCAAGCAUUGCUUGGCCAUAUUAUUUAAAAUUAAUUGUUCCGUUGGCAUUGGGCAAGUUUUUGGCUUCAGUUACAUCUCAUAUAUCUAUUUGGAAAGUACCUGUUUCUUAUGCACAUACUGUUAAAGCUACGAUGCCCUUAUUCACAGUUAUUCUCACAAGAUUAAUAUUUAAAGAAAAACAAAGCAAACUAGUGUAUCUUAGCCUUGUUCCGAUAAUAACAGGCGUUGGAAUUGCCACAAUGACAGAAAUUUCUUUUGACAUGCUUGGGCUUAUUUGUGCUCUAAUAUCGACAAUGGGGUUUUCACUCCAAAAUAUAUUUUCAAAAAAGGUGCUGAAAGACACAGGUAUUCACCAUUUACGACUCUUGCAUCUUCUUGGCAAACUCUCUUUAUUUAUGUUUAUACCAAUUUGGAUAUUUUUCGAUGGAUUCACUGUGUUUCGGCAUCCUGUGAUAGCUAAUGGAGACUAUCGAGUUAUAGCAUUGCUAUUUACCGAUGGAGUGCUUAAUUGGCUCCAAAAUAUUAUAGCAUUUAGUGUACUCUCACUAGUAACGCCUCUUACCUACGCUGUUGCUAGCGCUUCGAAGCGUAUUUUUGUGAUAGCUGUCUCUCUAGUUAUCCUUGGCAAUCCUGUGACAUGGUUAAAUUGCCUCGGCAUGACAUUGGCAAUAAUCGGUGUUCUCUGUUAUAAUCGAGCUAAACACAUUUCAAAGUCAAAAGACAGCGUGCUACCGCUUACAAAUAAUCACUACAUUAAAUAUGCACCAAUGCAAGGAAGUGUCGAUCCGUACUAUCGAGGAGGUUUGUCCAAAAAUGGUAGUAUUGCAAAUGGUAAUGAGAGUAAAUACUACACGAAAACCAAUAGUCUAUUAGCUACCGGAAGUACGAUAAAUGACAGCAGUAGUAAACUGCUUUUUGUUUAGUUUUUAUAGUAAAAUUGAUUUUUUUUUUUUGUUAUUUUGUUAAAUAUAUAAAUUGCCGUAGAUAGUUUGA